AUGUAUCCUUCCAAUAUAUCAAAUUUUGAAAAAUCAUACAAGCUAAGGAUCAAAUUGGAUCGUACGAAUAAUUACACGUACACUCAAACUAUUUGUAACUUUGGACCUUGGUUUCAGAAAUAUAAAGCAAAAGGUACCACAGGUUCUGAACAUGUUUCUAAUUUCAUUUCUCAUCCAAACAUAACAUACACCUUAAACGUGAAAAAACUAGCAAGUGAAUAUAAACAACAGGAACUUUCAACAAAUUUUGAUCCAACUGAAUUUAGAAUAUACAUUGAGACUAACGAAUAUGGUGGGUUUUAUAGCAUUAUUAAUCACAAAAUGUUCUCUGAUAAUAAUAAUAAUAAUAAUAAUAAUACUGGAAAAUAUGGAACUAAUACAGAAAGAAGAAAUAAAAUUAGCAUUGAUGAUAAGUUUGUAGAUUUGCUAAACGGAGAAAAUAUUGGAUUAAUCCCAUUCAAAUUUAUUUCUCCUCAAGGGGGGUAUAUAUUGGUUGAUGUUGCAACUAAUGGUUUUGAAAUGUACAUUUCAUUAACACCAGUUUCAAUUAGUAAUGACAUUUACGAUUUACAUAUUUUUUUGCAUAGGGGUAUUUCAUCGCCAUUCAUAUUCCCAGAUCAAAUGCCUUCAAAGUGGAGAUUCUUGGUUUUUUUCCUUUUUGUUUUUUUAUUGUUUUUAGUGCUUAAUAACAGUAGAUGGAGCUAG